GAAUUUUACACUUGAAAAGGUGGAAUUUUAUGGUAUGUGAAUUUUUUAAACGGGGAAAAAUGACUCCGUUGGAAGGAGUUAGCGGAACUGAAACAAUGAAAUGGUGCUCGAGCGUCGCCUGUCCCUGUCACAUCCACCCGAAAGAACUUUGGGCCCCAGAACGGUGCACCCAGAGGGCCAGGGGGAAACGACGCCGGAGACAUGAUCUAGGAAGAAAGACGUCUCCGGCUCCAAGGGAACGCGGUUAAGGUGGCGCCCGGGGACCGCCUAGGACUGGGGAGGCGCCCAUCGGGUCACUCGUUGGCGGGGCCAGAGCUGAGAUUUAAAGGUCGGCACACAGAGCCUCUUAAAGAGACCCGGGUGAAUUCCCAUUCGGCGUCCGCCUUAAAGCCAGCUCCGCAGCGCUCCGGGCCGGUCCCCGGUGUGACCUACCAGAAACAUGGCAACCAGCGCUGUCCCCAGUGACAAUCUCCCCACGUACAAGCUGGUGGUGGUGGGGGAUGGGGGUGUGGGCAAGAGUGCCCUCACCAUCCAGUUUUUCCAGAAGAUCUUUGUGCCUGACUACGACCCCACCAUCGAAGACUCCUACCUGAAACAUACAGAGAUUGACAAUCAGUGGGCCAUCUUGGACGUUCUGGACACAGCCGGGCAGGAGGAGUUCAGCGCCAUGCGGGAGCAGUACAUGCGCACGGGGGAUGGCUUCCUCAUCGUCUUCUCCGUCACCGACAAGGCCAGCUUCGAGCACGUGGACCGCUUCCACCAGCUCAUCCUGCGUGUCAAGGACAGGGAGUCAUUCCCGAUGAUCCUCGUGGCCAACAAGGUAGAUCUGAUGCACUUGAGGAAAAUCACCAGGGAGCAAGGAAGAGAAAUGGCAACCAAACACAAUAUUCCGUACAUAGAAACCAGUGCCAAGGACCCACCUCUCAAUGUGGACAAAGCCUUCCAUGACCUCGUUAGAGUAAUCAGGCAACAGAUACCAGAGAAAAGCCAGAAGAAGAGGAAGAAAACCAAAUGGCGGGGAGACCGGGCCACAGGCACCCACAAACUGCAGUGCGUGAUCUUGUGACGGGUCCGAGGCCCUGGGCACAGUGACCAUGAACCGGCCAGCCCUAGGGACCCCUCCUCUGCCUAACUGCACUGAAAACCUUUUCUAACCACGACCCUUGGCCUGAGGACUUGGCCCAGGAAGGGAGAAAGGGAGGGUGGCAGGGAGCAGACAGGUCUGGCUUUGCUGAGAGGGCACAGGCUUUCCCGUCUCUCACAAGAGACCAGGAAGCCACCAGAAACAGCAGCGUCCAGCCCCACAUGUCUGUUCACCCGCGCCUGGCCCUCCUGGUGGGUGUGUUGUUUCUGUUAACUGCAUAGUGUUGGUUUGAUGUGGAAGUGUUUAUCCACGUACAAAGUACGAAACAAGCCAUGAACAAGCUUCUCCCCCUCGUCCCCAGUCCACAGUGUCUGAGCUUGGAUGUCUUUUGUAGAUUUUUAAAUUAUUUUCGUGAUUAUUAUUUUAUUAAAGGGGUCUGCACCCACUGCCUGGUGAAGUUUCAAGUCUUCAGCAGACCUUUCUGGUAACAUGUCUGGAA